AGCUGUGACCGUCUAUCUUCUCCCACCCUCAGAGGAGGGGGCCUGGCUCUGCUGGCGGUGGGGCGGCAGUCUGGCAGACACAGGAGAAGGGGAAUGUGAGCGCCUACAAAGGCUCCUCCGUGCUCGUCUGUGUUACCCGGACGCUUCGGAUUUGGGGGGAUAUUCCAGCGGCGGGGCCGUGUGUUCAUGCGGAGGAGGCGCGGCACCGCGGCGUUUUAUCACUGAGGUGGAAUAAAGCACCGUCUGUAGUGACCUGUGGCCGUGCACGGAGGCUGCACCCCAGAGCUGCAUAGAUGCCUGCAGAACUCCAACAGGAGCAAAGUCCCAGUAACCAGACCUCAAUGACCAUGAUGCAAGAACCUCCAGAGAUGAUGGAAGAGACAGUUACUGUAGAAGAGGAUCCUGGAACUCCCACCUCCCAUGUGUCCAUUGUCACAUCAGACGAUGGAACCACUAGAAGGACCGAAACCAAGGUUACAAAGAUGGUAAAAACAGUCACCACUAGAACCGUGCGCCAAGUGCCACUUGGUCCAGAUGGGAUGCCUGUAAUUGAUGCUUCCUCUCCAAUCGCUGGUUACACAGAUUCUAUUGACAGAAGAUACAUGAAAAAUGGGGAACGUUUUAUAAACCCACAGGCAAAUUCAACUUUGACUAGGUCCUACAACAACAGUUACAGUGAUUCUUAUGGUGAUCAUCACGAGACCCCGUACCGCCCCUUCAUGGCACAUGAAGGCUACGGAGAAAUGCCAGACAACUAUGGAAGCCUGUCCCGUGGAAUCAAUUACCGCCCACGAUACGCUUACACUCCGGGAAAUAGUUAUCGUCCUGAAGAUGGCAGUUAUACCCUCCCAACUCGUAGGGAGAACUAUGUUCCUAUUGCGCAGCCCCAAGUGCCAAUUGGAAGUAGUGUGGACUUAAACCGAUCCCAGCCAGAGCGUUUCCAGCCUGAGCCAUAUGGUCUAGAGGAUGAUAAUCGUAGUCUUGGAGCGGAUGAUGAAGGCUAUGAGUUAGAUCCAGAUUACUCAACAAUGAAUAGAAGAGUCCUUCCUGGCAUGCCCCUCACAAGCCGGCCCCACAAAACAAGGGCUUAUGAUGACCCUCUGGAAUCUGAACUGAUUGAGGAGAGAAUCCCCUACCUUCAUGGUGGUUAUGCAGCUCCUCUGGCUCAGCCUGAGAGAGGAAGUCUUGCCAGUAUAGACCGACUGGGAAAGCGUUCACCUUCCAUCGACAGCAUCCGGAAAGAUCCACGAUGGCGAGAUCCUGACCUUCCUGAGGUCAUUGCGAUGCUCAAUCAUCCAAUUGACCCAGUCAAGUCCAACGCAGCUGCCUAUUUGCAGCACUUGUGCUAUGAAAAUGAUAAAAUAAAGAAAGAGGUAAGACAUCUCAAAGGCAUUCCCAUUCUGGUGGGUUUAUUAGACCAUCCAAAGCCUGAAGUCCACAGAAAAGCCUGCGGAGCCCUCCGUAACAUUUCGUAUGGAAAAGAUAAUGAAAACAAAGUGUCAAUUAAGAACUGUGAUGGAAUUCCUGCUUUAAUACGACUUCUGAGGAAGACAAAUGACAUGGAAGUGAGAGAGCUGAUAACAGGUACCCUGUGGAACCUGUCCUCAUAUGAACCCUUAAAGAUGGUGAUCAUCAACCACGGUCUCCAGACUCUUACUAAUGAGGUGAUCAUACCUCACUCUGGCUGGGAGAAUGAGCCAAAUGAGGACUCCAAGCCUCGAGAUGCAGAGUGGACAACUGUCUUUAAGAACACCUCUGGCUGCUUAAGGAAUGUCAGUUCAGAUGGAGCUGAAGCCCGCAGAAGGCUGCGUGAGUGUGAUGGACUGGUGGAUGCCCUGCUCCAUGCCCUCCAGUCUGCAGUCAGUAAAAAGGACACAGACAACAAGUCUGUUGAAAAUUGUGUGUGCAUCAUGCGCAAUCUGUCAUACCACGUCCACAAGGAGGUGCCAGGAGCAGACAGAUUUCAUGAUUUAGACAGCAAUCUCCAAAGCGGGAUUGGUGGACAGCAAAAGAAAAAGAAAGAUGAUGCUGGCUGCUUUGGAGGCAAAAAAGCUAAAGGAAAAAAGAAUGGGGACAUGGAAAAGAACUUUGACACUCUUGACUUGCCAAAACGUUCUGAGUCUGCAAAAGGGUUUGAACUUUUGUACCAGCCGGAAGUUGUACGUCUUUACUUAUCUAUACUGACUGAAAGCCAAAACUACAACACCUUGGAGGCAGCAGCGGGAGCAUUGCAGAAUCUGAGCGCUGGCAACUGGACUUGGUCUACCUAUAUCCGUGCUACAGUCCGGAAAGAGAGAGGCCUACCGGUGCUUGUUGAGUUGCUUCAGUCAGACUCUGACAAAGUAGUCAGGGCUGUUGCCAUUGCUCUGCGGAAUCUUUCCAUGGACCGGCGCAACAAAGAUUUGAUUGGUAAUUAUGCCAUGGGCCAGCUGGUCCGAAACUUGCCUGGAGGACAACAGCGUCCUGCUAAGAAUCUGGAAGAGGACACCGUGGUUGCAGUGCUGAACACUAUCCAUGAAAUAGUCACCGAUAGCUCUGAAAAUGCCCGUUCUCUCGUCCAAACACAAGGAAUUGAAAAACUUAUCACUAUAAACAAAUCAAGUCAGUCUCCAAGAGAGGUGAAAGCUGCCUCCCAUGUCCUACAGAUGAUUUGGAGCUACAAGGAACUUCGUAAUGCUCUUCAAAAAGAAGGGUGGAACAAAGCAAACUUCCAGUCUGCCACAGCAACGCUGCCAAAAGGAUCCAAGAAUAAUGGAAAGUCUGGAUUUGAUGACAGCACACUUCCUCUGGUGGAUAAAAAUCAAGGAAACAAGAAGUCUGGAAGCCGUGACAUGAUCCCCAUGGGGGAGCUUGGCCCUGAUGGAUAUUCCACUAUUGAUCACAGAGACAAGGAGCGCAAAUUCAGAUCCAAUGAAAACAUGGGAGAUCUGUCAGAAAAAGAGCCCUUAAAGGGAUAAUCUUGUGGUGAUUCUUUUUGAGAAGACAUUUUUUUAUGUUAAUUUUUUCCAAACCAAGAAUCACUCAUUUUUAAUACACAUUGGAGGUAUCAUUGCCCACCACUGCCAUAAUGUUUUCAAUGAAGAACCAUUUUGGUAAGAGACUGAAUGAAAACUGCCAUCUGCUGUAAUUCAGAACCAAACUUGUGAUCAUCGCCAAAAACCGCUGUUGCUUAAUUUUACUUCAGAACUGAAUCUUUUUUAGUACAUAUGUAUAGUAUAUAUUCAUAAAGUAACAUUCCCUUUUGAGGCUUCCUGCACCUUGCACCAUUUGAAGAAGAAUUACCUUUCUAACGGAGAGUUGGGAUGGUGCAGCCUGUAGGACUAGAAGAUGGAAAGAAGGGAAUUGUUUUUAUUGGGCAAAUUUCCUGCACGAAAAAAAAAAGAAAAGAAAAAAAACACAAGACUUUAAGGCAUUGACUUUAAAUUGAGCACUUUUCCUUUUCUUUGGUUUUCUGUUAGCUGCCUCAGCGUGAACUAUGAACGUUUUGUGGCUUGAGGUACAGAUAUAAUUUUAUUUUCUUGCUACAAAGUGAUGGAAAUAUCAAAAGGAUUGUGGAGUAAGAAAUAUGUUGCUGCAUGGAAUGAGAAAGUGGAAAAAAAACAUUUGUUAGAUACGUCUGUGCUGUAGACCCUGAUGGUUUUGUCCUUUUUAGAAAGUAUCUGAAUGUGAUGUAAGGAUUUACUUGCCAGUAAUAGAGCUCCUUCCCCAGGUCAUCUCUGCAUUCUGACUAUGGAAUGUAUUAAAGACUGGCAUUUUUCUGCCAAAUACUAUACCUUAGCUGGACUCUUCCUCCAAAACGUGCAUGUCAUUAACUGGAAUGCAGUUUGAGCUCAUACAUGAUUUUACAAAGGGUCCUGUAGGUUGUACAUUUGACAACAUGUGAUAUAGUGUGUGUGUGUAUAUAGAUAUAUCUAUAUAUAUCACAUCACACACGCACACUCUUUUAUGGCUGGUUUUCUAGCGCCUGCAGCUACAGUAUGUUUCUCUCUCCUGCAAUCUGUGUGCAGAACAUUCUGCUGUAUAAUAAUUCUGCCUUUUAUCUUGUGCUUUCUCUCUUCAAUCACUUUGCAACAAGAUUUCAAGAACCGACCAACCAUCUCUGAACUGUCUGGAAGUUCUUUACCCUUUCUCAUCUUGCAGUCAUCUUAACUGUUUUAAGACCUUUUACCAUGAACAUAUUGCUGCAAUUCUGAUCCUUUUUAUUAAAAAUAAGGAAUUACGUUUACUGUUGGAAUUUUAAUGUACUUUCAGUAGGUGCUCAAACAGAUCUGUUACCGAGGGUGAGGUGUGCAUUCUUUUUCUUGUAUUUGCAGGGGUGGGACUUGUUUUAUUUUUUACAUUAAUGUAAUAUUUCAUGCUGUACUAAACUUAAUGUGCGUAGAUGUUUUCUUGGAUGUUAAAAAAACAAAAUCAAAGCAGUCAAGAUCAUCUUACUGGUUGCCAUCUGUUAGUGAGUUGUAUGGGGUCAACCUGCACCCUUGUAAUCCUUAAAUAGAUUUAAUUCACCUCCAAUCUUGGGGUUAUAUGGAGAAAGAA